AGCAUUCACGAAAUUGUCAGCAACACCAUCUCCAAAAAAUCCUAUUUUUGCACAAUAUUUUGGCUUCAACAACAACGAGGUUUGUAAUUAGCCACAGUAUUUUACGAUGGAAAUGUAGAAAGUGACGUUGACCAUCAAUGAAAUGUCAAGUCACAGUGUUGGAUAGUUUGAAAAGCAGAUGUAAAGACGAAGUCAAAAUGACGUGUAAACUGCAUGCACUAUGACUAUGACUCUACAGCAUGGGAAGAAGCAUGGACAAUGUUCCAAUAGAUAUUCAUUACAAUAAGUCACUUGAUAAGUCUAGUAAUUAUAGUUACUGGGUAAGUCCAGUCAUUAUAGUUAGUGGAUUGGUUAAUCAAUCGUCAUCACUGCCACCAGCUAUGGCAGGUGAGAACACUCGUCAUCACUGCCACCAGCUAUGGCAGGUGAGAACACUCUCCGGUGGAGGAGAUAACAACCAUGCUGCAGGGAACGUACAUCAACUACUUUCAUUGUCUGAGAAUCGUUGAUCUGCUCAAGGAGACAGAAGCGGGAAGUAAAAACAUGUUUGGGAGAUCGCAGCGCAUGAAGGAUUGGUGUGAGAUUCUCAAACUACAUGAAAAGGAUGGCGUUUAUUUAGCUGAAGUCGCGCAAAUCUUGAUGAGGAAUGUUAAUUAUGAGGUAACUGCACUGAAGAAACAGAUCGUGAAAUGUAAACAGAUUCAGAAGGAUAUGGGCAAUAAGAUAAAAUCAGAGCUGUUAUCGUUAGUGAAACAUCUUCCUGCCGAGUUUGAUAAAAUAACAACAGCUACCAGGGACCUCAAAGAACCAGUCAACUUGUAUGAAAUGUUCAUCGAGUUCACAUUAAAAAAGUCCACCAUCUUACCGUCCAUGGUUAUAUUUGAAGCGGAGACAUCCACGAUGUUGGGUCAGUUGAAGAGAGAAGAUUACAUGAUCGAGAUUACCGUCCAAGACGAGGCCAGCGUGACACUGGCCUCAAACUUUUACUUCCUGACCGUUCCUAAAGCUGCCUGUGGGAUGAGAAAGGCUAACAUCAAGGUUAAAAGCGUCACAGCUCGGGACAAGAACUUCGUGAUCACACUCUCCAGUGACCAGCCGGCGUUGUUCGUCUUUGUGGAGGCAUGGGGGAUCAAGGGACGAUUCUCUCAAAAUGGUUUCCAUAUGAUGUCUGGACCAAGCAAGGCUCUAACGCUGGUCUUCUAUCCAUGGGAGGUGACGACCGUCAGGGCGUUACAGGAUUCACUCAGGAUCACAUCUCUUAUGGACGUUUAUCAGUUUUGAUUAAUCUCGAAAUGAUAGGGCAAGUUAGGGUGAUAUGAAAGAUUCCAUAUAAGGGUAUUCUAUAGAAAAGACCACUCCAAACAAAGGCUUUCUUCAGAUGAGAUUCAUAAUAAAGGAACCCAAAUUAGAAUAUUUUUAGUUAUAGUGUAUAUAGAUGAAGUAUUAAGCUAUACAUUGUACUUGUAGUUUGUGAUAAAUUUAAACACAUUUAAAGUGUUAUAGUGUUAAAAUAUGUCAAUGAAAUCACUUGCAUCAUUUUCAGCUGAUAUGUACUUACAUGCAAUGCACACCCGUCCAAAUCCCCAGGAAUUGGAUUCCAAAAAUGGUUGGUACUCAAACUUCUCAAACUUAGAUUCCGCUGAGAUACAUGUGACUUUGAACGCAUACACAUAAGCCAGUAUUGAAUGUUCAGUGCAGACCGCAGUAUGAUAGAUCAUGCAAUGGUUUGGGGCCUGUUCUCCUAUGACCAUAGUGUAGUUCACUGAUGAAUUCAUCUGGGUAAAUGUCAUUCAGUGAAGAUUUUGGUUCCAAUUUGGCCAUUUUGAUGCUGUUCAUCACAAGCCAUCAUUUUCUCCGCCGGGAGUAUCUUGUAUCCCUCAUAUGUGUCAUCAGAUUCUACAUUUGGACUGGUGUGCAAUGCUAUUGAGUUGGUAUGGCCUGCCAAUGAGGAAAUGAAUCUUUUAGAACCUUUUCUUUUGAUCCAUUUUGCAAUUGCAAGAAUAUCAUUUUGAAUAACAAUGUAGUAAUUCACAUGGCCGUUGUGCACUGAUACCGUAAUCUUUGCAAUGAAACUUGACUAUUGAAAGGGGGUUAUCAGCAGAAGCUGGGGGCAGGGGGAGGUCAACAGGUGUUCUACGUGUGACUAAUAUGCACGAUUAGAGAACUGCGUCUUGUGUCAUCUUUUUCUCAUUGUUCCGUAUAUGGUAUAAAGAACAGUGAAAUAGUAGUAGUGGCACCUAUCAGCAGCUUCAUGUAACUUAAUCUGGCCCAACUGGCUCCUGCCUUUAGUCUGUGAAAUUAGUAGAUGUAUCCAACUGAUAGAAUGAAUAAUACUCAAAUGAUAGUUGUAAGGGAACAUCUCAAAAAUACUCUUUGCCAUAGUGGUUGAAAUCUAUACAUCGCUUUGGAUACCUACAGAAAAUUUGACCAAUCGUUUUAAUUGACAGAGAAUAUACUUUCCAUGAGAUGUAAAUAGUGUGUUCGAUUUGCACCGCACUUGGGUAAGCAUCAGAUCUUGCGGCCUGAAGGGCAGGCCCAGUGCGGCCUGAAGGGCAGGCCCAGUGCGGCCUGAAGGGCAGGCCCAGUGCGGCCUGAAGGGCAGGCCCAGUGCGGCCUGAAGGGCAGGCCCAGUGCGGCCUGAAGGGCAGGCCCAGUGCGGCCUGAAGGGCAGGCCCAGUGCGGCCUGAAGGGCAGGCCCAGUGCGGCCUGAAGGGCAGGCCCAGUGCGGCCUGAAGGGCAGGCCCAGUGCGGCCUGAAGGGCAGGCCCAGUGCGGCCUGAAGGGAAGGCCCAGUGUGGCCUGAACGUGAAUUCCCUCGUGCCAGGCCCGAGUAAAAGUAGUAUUAACAAUAUGAUUUGACACCGAACCGAAGAUGUGGAAACUACAAAAAUUAAUACUAAAUUGGCCACAUUUUCAAACUUCAAAAUCAUUGGGAAAAUGUUGAUUGAAUGAUGGUGGAAGUUCGAAAAAAAAUGCCAUUUGACUGGGAAAAGACGGACCCCCAUGAAAUUCUCUCAAGACAUAAGCAAUUUUGAGAUGAUCCCUGCGUUCUGAGAACAUUGUGAUAGAUUUUGAAAAAAUAAAAUUCCACGAUUUUCCUA